GCUUUUCUCAUAUCAUACCAUAUAAAUGUAAGCAAAAACAAAAGGUAAAGCUUUGUUUAUUUCACAACAAUCGCAAACAAAACAAACACUCCAAACAAAAUCGUACAAAAGUUAUCUCCAAAAUUUAGUCUGAUAUUUAACUCCGAACAGAGAAAACAGUAACGCUUAAAUUAAAAAAAUGGAGCGUUGGCAGGAUUGUGUCGCUGUUGUAACAGGUGCGAGUUCAGGCAUUGGAGAAGCGAUUGUUAAAGAUCUUUUAAAAGCUAAGGAAAAUAUCAUAGUAGUCGGUCUAGCACGUCGCCUGGAACGCAUGGAGGAUUAUAAGGCAAAAUUGCAAAGUGAUCAAAAAUCGAGAUUUCAUCCAUUAGAAUGUGAUGUUUCAAGUAAAGCUUCUGUUGAUCAGGCUUUUGAUCAUAUCAUUUGUCAGUUGGGCAGAGUUGACAUUUUAGUCAACAAUGCGGGAAUUUUUAAAUUAGGCCAGCUAAGCACAAUAGAUGCUGAAAUACCACAGCAGGUGCUACAAACAAAUGUAAUGGGGGUGUUCUAUUGUACACAACGAGCUUUUAAAUCGAUGAGGGAACGUCAGUUUGAUGGUCAUGUAGUUAUUAUAAAUAGCAAUUUAGGGCACAAGAUUCCAUCGAGUGGCGAUCAACCGCCAUACAUGAAUAUGUAUGGUCCAAGCAAAUAUGCUGUUACAGCAAUGACCGAGUUGUACCGCCAAGAAUUUAAAGGUCUCGGAACGAAAAUUAAGAUAACGAGUAUUAGUCCCGGUCUAACGGCUACGGAAAUUGUGCCUGAAGAAUAUCGUAGUGGAAAGUAUCCUAUAAUGCAACCUGAGGAUAUUUCGUCUUGUGUCAUGUUUACAUUGUCCACGCCAGCUCGUAUGCAAAUACAUGAAAUGCUUGUUGAACCGAAUGGAGCACCUUAAUCAAAUAUAUAUUGCGAAUUGUUUAAGGCGUAUUUUUAUUGACCAGAAUAUUAGGCCACAUUGAUAUUAUAAAAAUAGUUCAAUCGAGAUAUAUUUGUCACUUAUUGAUAUGCAUUUUAUACCAAAGAAAUAUAUCAGUUACUUUACAUACAAGAAUCUUUAACUUGUGCAACAUUUUACUCAAAACGAAAAAGCAGCACCAUUCUAAGGAGAAACAUCAAGUGUAAACCCUC